GAAGUUGGGUAUUGACUAGCCAGCUCCAGACUCCAGUGGCCACAAGGCACGAAGCACUUAGCAGCAGGCGUCGUCUCGAUCAAUGAAAUGGCGAGGAAGCGAGGCCGCCGAGUAGCGCCGAGUUCGGAUCAUCAUGAAACAGGAGCCAAGACGUCCACUCGACCGGACCAAUUCAGCGAGUCAGCAGCUUCUGAUCGCAAGCUGAUAACCAUAUUUAUCGUCUUCUUCGUCGUAAUUCCUGCAGUAUCUGUACUCGUGUACCGUAUCAAAUACGCUCCAAAUAAGGACUCGUCAUAUCCACAGUUUCAGGAAGACGGACUCGUUAAAACCGACGUGGAUUACCAAGAAAUACUCGACGAGAAUUCGAAGGUUUUGAAGAAUGAAUCUCACCGGCAUUACACAUAUCCUGUGUUGGCCUACAUUACUCCAUGGAAUUCGAAGGGAUAUGAAAUGGCGAAGCGGUUUACUAAUAAGUUUACGAUAUUAUCUCCUGUUUGGUAUGAUCUGAAGAGUCAAGGUACUGGACUAGUUCUGGAGGGGAGACAUAAUGCUGAUAUGGGAUGGAUUUCAGAGCUCAGAAGGAAUGGGAAUGCUCUGGUAUUACCUAGAGUUGUUCUGGAAGCAUUUCCAAAGGAGCUGCUUAAGAAGAAGAAACUUAGAGAUAAAGCUAUUGACCUGAUAAUAUCAGAGUGCAAGGAAAUGGAAUAUGACGGCAUUGUGCUUGAAUCCUGGUCAAGGUGGGCAGCUUAUGGUAUUUUGCAUGAUCCUGAAAUGAGGAAUAAGGCACUGCAGUUUAUAAAACAACUUGGGCAUGCAAUGCAUUCAGUAAGCUCAUCAAGGAAUGGGAAGCAAUAUUUACAAUUGGUCUACGUUAUCGGUCCACCAUAUUCAGAGAAGCUUCAACCUCAUGACUUUGGUCCAGAGGAUCUUCAGAGCUUAAGUGAUGAUGUAGAUGGUUUCUCGUUCAUGACAUAUGACUUCUCAAGUCCUCAUAACCCAGGUCCAAAUGCACCUUUGAAGUGGAUCCGUUUCACUCUGCAGAUUCUCCUUGGCAACAGUGGUGCUCGGGCCCUGGCCAAUAAGAUAUUUCUGGGCAUCAAUUUUUUUGGAAAUGAUUUCGUGAUUUCUGAAGGUUCUGAGGGUGGUGGAGCAAUCACAGGAAGGGAAUACCUCUCUUUACUGGAGAAGCACAAGCCUGAAUUGCAAUGGGAAAAGAACAGCGGGGAACAUUUUUUUCUCUACGUUGACGAUGAGCAUAUCAAUCAUGCAGUGUUCUACCCGUCAUUGAUGUCAAUUUCUAUUCGGCUAGAAGAAGCUCGGCUGCAGGGAGUUGGAAUCUCAAUCUGGGAAAUUGGGCAAGGUUUGGAUUACUUUUUUAAUCUCUUAUAAGAGUCGACUUCUCAAUACAGUGUAACAUAACAUUUUAUUUUUAGCGUUCAGCUUACUUCCAAAAUUAGGUUUUGGGGGCAAAUCCAGCAACCAUGAUUUUUCAA